CGCCCGACACCGUGCAAAACCUUUCAAUUUCUAAGGUUAUGUCUCGUCUUUCUAGCUUUGCUUUGUCGCACCUAGACCUAGACACCAACCCCAGUCUCAAUCUUGUUCCGGAAUCCCCAGAAGACGAUCCCCUCCGGACCUGUGCACGCACCUAUCUUGUCGAGCCACACCAACCAGUCAUUCAUGGUGAUCGCGGGUUGGAUUUCGGUUUAGAUGUGGUAGCGCAGUCCAUCGAUGAUUUGGAUUCGUGGGGUCUUGAAGAUAGUAACAAUUUUGAUGCUCUCUCGAGCUAUAUGGAGGAGUUAGGAUCUGGAUUUGGGGUUGAGUUGGGUAGGGAUGAAGCUCGUGCUGAUGGGCUUCGGGUUACCGGUAUUGAUUCGGAGUCGGAUUCGUGUUCUGACGGUGAGCUUGUUGAUUUGGAUAGUUUUAUUGAUGAUCACAUGGCAUUGGUGAAUCCUAAUGAGGAAUUUGAAUGGGAGGAACUGGAUCAAGCAAUCAACCAAAGUGAAAAUCUGAUUAUGGCGAUUGAUAGAGUCGAGGAAUUAUCGCUGUCAUCGUCCAGUAUCUCAGCACCAGUAGAAGAUGAGGAAAGGAAUAUUGAGUGGGGACUUUUAAUGGCAAUUAACAAUCAUGUCAAUUCGGUUGACGAUUCUUUUAUGUUUGAUGCUGACUAUGAUACCCUCUUGGAGCAGUUGGUGGAUAAUGAAAUUAAUUGGAGAGGAAGUCCACCCGCUGCAAAAAGAGUAGUGGAAAACCUUCCCUUGGCAGACUUGGGAAAAGAGGAUUUUGUGGUUUGUGCUAUUUGCAAGGAUGAGGUUGUGGAUGGGGAGAUGGUAAAUAAGCUGCCUUGUUGCCAUUAUUAUCAUGGAGAGUGUAUUGUGCCUUGGUUGAGGAUAAGGAAUACUUGUCCUGUUUGUCGAUAUGAGUUGCCCACUGAUGAUCAGGACUAUGAGACCAGGAAUAGGAGGAGGUGGAGACUGAGAGGUGCAAGUGGGAUUUCCACAGAUUCAACAGAUGGGUUCAAUUUUGAAAUGUUUGCUUAGUUUUAGGAUUUGAAACUUUGUGAGUAGUCUUUCUUUUUAAAUAUUGUUAAUACAUGUUAUGCAUAGGUUGUAUUUAUAAUGCAUUCAAUGUUCGUUAGAAUGCAUUCAAUUGACUGUAUCUUCUUUAAGCUGAGUUAACUGAUUAUUUCAUACUCAAAUUGUACAUAUAUUAAGUGCAGUCACGUUCAAUAAGAAUGUGAUUGUUAUUUGACUGAUUUAUUUGCUGAGGACUUGUACACUAUGCACCAUUUCUUUUAUGACAACAGCUGGAGAAGUGGGACACCGGUUUGCUGC